GACAUCUGUAAACUCGUAGACGACGACUAUGCGGUGUUUCGUUUGGAAAUUUCUCAAAGCCAGAAAGAAAACAGGGCAUUGCGAAGGAAACUACAGCUAUUCGAACUGAAGGUGGCACGGGAGCGCGUCCUCGCUUGUCGCCCUAGUAGUGUCAAGAUCCUCGACCGAUACAGAGGAAUGGCAAGAGGACAGCUCACUGGAGGCAAUAGGAGCUUUGUGAAGCCAGCGGGACACAAUACAUGGAGAGAUAACCAACCAGAUACUGUUGAUGAGGGAAAUGGAGAGUCAACCCAGCAUGUUAUCGUGAUAGAGUCUGCAGAUGCAGAUGCUGCAGGUCUUGGGGUCAAGCAACACAGGUCUGAAGGAGAGGAAGGCCCAAGGCAAAGCGGAGACAUCCAGACUGGAGUGGUUGGAGCGCCCUAUGAAGCCAUGGAGGACCCCACCACCUCUGCGCCCCAGCCCAGGACCCGACGUAGCGUCACGGAGGUCAGUGGAAGGCCCGACUCCGUCCUCAAGUCAGAGACAGACACCACGGCUUUAACUGUAACACACAGGCUCUUACACACAGGAUCAGACCCAGAGAGGCUGGUGCUGGAAAGACUGGUCUGUCCUCCUGCUCCUGGCUCAGAGUAUUUACCGGUAUUUCACCAGAGCCAGAGGAUGGUUCAUUCCGGUAGGGAUGGCUAUUGUGACGCGUUAGACGCUGGCGGUGAUGAGCCGUCUUGCUCUUACACUACAGAGAUGGACCCUGGCAACAUGCCCUUGGGUUUAGAGACACAGACUGAUCUGUCUAAAGGGGACUGGAACCGGUACAGUAGUAGUCUAUACGCUGAAGGGUCCCUAGAUAAGAAAGGGGAGGUUAUAGUCGUAGAUGAGGUGACUGUGAAAGUGGAGAGCGACGCUCCUCUGACAUGGAAUGUAGACGAGACUCACGUAGGGGAAGGACACUCUCAGGGCAACACCAGUGACUUUUUAGACUACAGGGAAAGCAUAGAGACAAAUGUAAAUGUUGCGACCCACUCCCCUAUGCACGUGUUCAGGGAUCUUGACCCAGUGUCCACAUCAAUGGCACCUUCCGAUUCACACGGCCGCGUCCUUUUCAGUCAGGCAUUGAAUUCAAACGACAGGGCUAGAGCCCAGUCUCAGGGAGGGGGAGCCACAUCAGGUGAUAGUAAAGAUAAAUGGUUCUUCUGCAUGUUCUGUAACAAAGGCUUCAGCUGCCCCCAGAAGGUGGAGAUCCACCAGAGGGUCCACACAGGGGGAAAACCCUUCAGCUGUACCCAGUGUCAUAUGCGCUUCGCCCAGGCUCGUGACCUGAAGAGGCACCAGAGGGUCCACACAGGGGUGAAACCCUAUAGCUGCCCCCAGUGUGAGAAGAGGUUCUCCCGCCAGGACCAUCUGAAAAUGCACCUGAAGGUCCACACAGGAGAGAGGCCGUUCGCCUGUACGCACUGCGGGAAGAGGUUCUCAGAGAGGAGAUACCUCAGGAUACACCAGCAGAAAAACCAUUCCACUCUAUAACAUAGAAAUGAACCAUUCCACUGGAUAGCUUAUAGAACAAAACCUUGCAUUAAAGACAAAGAUUAUUUUUUUAUUGUUGUCAGCAGAAAAGAUCCACAGAUGCAUUUGGAAUAACGAGAGUUAAGCCCAAUUCAGACACAACAGCCGACAUGAGACAAGAUAAAACUAUCUAGUUUUAGAAUGUUAUGUUGUACAACAGCUGACUAAAGACGGGGUAUUCAGAUCAAGAAGACGAGACGUGCAGUUGAGAUCGUUUCCACGUGGCAGCAUCAUGUUGUGGGGGGGCUUUGCUGCAGGAGGGACUGGUGCACUUCACAAAAUAGAUGGCAUCUGAG